AUUAUUAAAAAUGUAUUUAUAUUAAAUGAAAUAAAAUAAUAUGAAAUAUAGUUAAUAUUUUUUUUGUUUAAUGCAGUGCAUCCAUCAACUAAUCAGACGUGGUUCACUUAUCUUGAAAUUAGAAAAAGUAAUGUUGUAAUAACAAACGUGUAAAGCAAAACAUAGUUUCUAUCAUGGAAAAAACGAUCAAUCCUUGUUUGGAUCCAAAUGCAACGCUUGGAAUUGAUCAAGCAUGUUUGAAUAUUAUAAAUAAAUAUAAACAAGAUCUUACAUUCUACUCUACCUUUUCUGAAUGUAGACUGUGUCAUGGAAUACCAACAGCCAAUUUACCUGCAGAAAAUACUACAUCAUUAUUAAUAUCUACAAAAUAUCCACUUCACAUGUAUUAUAUGAAUAACUAUGAAUGGUGCCACACAACAUAUACGUUCAAAGAACAUGGACGAUAUGGGUGGAAUUUGUCUGCCGAGGAAAUAUGUUCAAAUAUUUAUUUAAUUAAUAAUCCAUCGAAUGCUUAUUUUCCAUUAAUAGCAGCAUUGUUGUUAUUAAUUAUAUCAAUAAUUGUAAUACAAAUAGGAAAAGUUAUUCUGAGAGCUAUAAAACAUUAUUUUCGGUACGAUGGAAUGUAUCUUCAUGAUGAUUUAUCAGUCUUACAAGAAUCUGAAAGACAAAUUCAACCAGCAAUAAAUGUAACUCGAUUAAGUACAAGAGUCCAGUCAGUUGAUACAUUUAGAGGUAUUGCAAUACUGCUAAUGAUAUUUGUUAAUAAUGGAGGAGGAGAAUAUGUAUUUUUCAAUCAUAGUGCUUGGUUUGGUCUUACUGUUGCUGACUUGGUGCUUCCUUGGUUUGCAUGGAUAAUGGGUUUGACAAUAGCAAUAUCAAAGAGAGGAGAAUUUCGUCAUAUGUCUUCACGAACAAAAAUAAUUAUGCGUAAUUUUACCAGAACGUUAAUGUUAAUAUUAAUUGGUUUAAUGAUUAAUUCUCGAAAAAUAUUUACAAAUUUCCAUGGAAAAAGUUACUAUUUAGAAAAUCUCCGUUUUCCUGGCGUUCUACAACUUUUGGCAAUUUCGUAUUUUGUCUGUACUGUAUUGGAAACGCUAUUUAUGAGAACGCCUAUUUCGGUUGGACGAUUUUCCAUUUUAGAAGAUAUUUUAAACAAUUGGAUUCAAUGGUGUAUCAUUCUAGCUAUUGUUGCCACUCACACUUUAAUAACUUUUCUCUUGCCAGUCCCAAAUUGUCCAAAAGGAUAUUUUGGACCAGGAGGAUAUGAUACUUUUCAAAAAUAUACAAAUUGUACUGGCGGUGCAGCUGGUUAUAUUGAUAGAUAUGUUUUUGGCAAGCAUAUGUAUAAUAAUACAAAGAAUCUUGUGUAUGGAAAUAUAUUACAGCAUGAUCCUGAAGGAAUAAUGAAUACUAUCUCAGCAAUAUUUAUCGUUUACUUGGGAGUUCAAGCUGGACAUAUUUUACUAUAUUAUUAUCAAUGUAAAUCUAAAAUUUUAAGAUGGUUGUUAUGGUCAUUGGUUACGGGUAUCAUCGCUGGAUUUUUAUGCAAUUUUAGUCUAGUAGAUGGUGUAAUACCAGUUAGCAAAAAAAUGAUGACACUUUCGUUUGUAUUGACAACAAGCAGCUUUGCUUUCCUUUUAUUUGCUAUCUUAUAUUAUUUAAUUGACUAUAAGCAAUUUUUCACUGGAGCACCGUUCGUAUAUGCAGGAACUAAUUCAAUAUUUCUUUAUGUUGGUCAUUAUAUUACAAUGGGAUUAUUUCCUUGGUCAUGGAGAGAAAAUAAUCCAACACAUUCAGUUCAACUUAUUAUAAAUCUAUGGACAACAGUGUUGUGGACAUUCAUUUCAUACGUACUUUACAAAAAAGAAAUUGUAAUUACAGUUUAAAUUUUUGAAAGAAAUGUAAUAUAUACAUUAAGUAUAAU